AAUUCAUAUUAUGAUGAUUAUCUGAGGUCCUGUUGUUUGAAUAAGUACUGGCGAGGGAAAAUGACAACCGCAGGGGGAUUUCAGGCGGGGACAGCGGUGGUUCCCGCUACUCAGGUGGAGAUCAGCGUUCAGUGCAGGAAUUUGGCAGACUUAGAUGUCCUAUCAAAAUCAGACCCUAUGUGUGUAAUGUUUAUGAAGGAUAUCAAAACUAACACAUACUAUGAGCUUGGAAGAACAGAAACUCUGGACAACCAACUUAACCCAGAUUUUGCCACAAAAUUUACUGUCACUUACUUUUUUGAAGAAUUACAGAGCAUAAAGUUUGAGAUAUAUGAUGUAGAUUCUGCUUCUCGUAACUUGAAAGAACAUGAUUUUAUUGGAAGUCUGGAAUGUACCUUAGGAGAAUUGGUUGGAGCUCCUGGGGGAAAAUUGGAGAAACCUUUGAGAGGCCCAAGGAGAAGCAAUGGAACCAUAUUGGUCCGAGCGGAGGAGCUCAACAAAUGCAAGGAGGAGAUAACUCUCCACUUUCGAGCCAGUCAUCUAGAUAAGAAAGAUUUCUUUGGGAAGUCUGACCCUUACCUACAGAUAUCCAGAGUCAAUGAGGAUGGCAGUUACACAGUGGUACACAGAACAGAGGUCGUGAUGAAGACCUUGAACCCUACCUGGCGACCUUUCAUGAUCACUGCAAGGUCAUUGUGUAAUGGUGAUUACGAUAGGAGCAUCAAGUUUGAAUGUUUUGACUGGGACAGUGAUGGAGGGCAUGAUUUCAUAGGAGAAUUUACAACAAAUCUACGAGAAUUGUCAAGAGGACCGUGCUCAUCUAAUAUAUAUCAUGUCAUAAAUCCAAAGAAACAGGCAAAGAAAAAGAAAUAUAAAGACUCAGGGGAGGUGACAUUACUGAGUUUCAAGUCAGAGCAAGUUUGUUCGUUUUUGGAUUACAUACAAAGUGGUAGCACAGAGAUGAACUUUACAGUAGCCAUAGAUUUCACAGCCUCCAAUGGUAACCCUACCUCUCCCUCAUCACUUCAUUACCUGAACCCCUACGGAACCCCAAAUCAGUAUGCAGCAGCCAUUCAAGCUGUUGGAAACAUCAUUCAGGAUUAUGAUAGUGACAAGCUGUUCCCUGCUCUGGGCUUUGGGGCCAGGAUGAGCGAUGGUUCUGUACACCAUGAAUUUGCUCUGAACUUCAACCCUUCCAACCCCUUCUGCUCUGGUGUGGAUGGAGUUCUACAGGCGUACUACAACUCCCUUAAGAAUGUACAGCUGUAUGGACCCACCAACUUCUCCCCCGUGAUCAACCAUGUUGCCAGGUUUGCUACAGCAAUUCAAGAUGGCAGCCAGUAUUUUGUUUUACUUAUCAUCACCGAUGGAAUCAUCACUGACAUGCAGCAGACACAGCAGGCCAUUGUUAAUGCUUCCAGACUUCCCAUGUCCAUCAUCAUAGUUGGUGUUGGCGAUGCAGAUUUUACCGCUAUGGACAUUUUGGAUGGUGAUGAUGUACGACUUUCUUACAAUGGAGUGUAUGCCGAGAGAGACAUUGUUCAGUUUGUUCCAUUCAAUGACUUCCUCAGCCGUGGAGACAUGGCACUCAGUCAAGCAGCCUUGGCCAAAGAAGUCCUCGCCGAAAUUCCCGACCAGUUCUUGUCCUACAUGAAGAAACACAACAUCAAACCAAAGCUGUCCGCCACGGCUCCACCCUGAGUCUUCUGUCUUAUUUCAAAAUGCUCAAAUAUUGUUUUUAAAUUGAUACUUGAACUUUUUACAUGAUUUUUUUUAUAUGUGAAGACUUGACAAUUUACCUGUAUACUUGUAUAUUGAAUUGAAUAUAAUUUUAACGAUAUUUUAACCAACUUAUGGGUGUUACAUUGACGUACAGAUACCCAGUUAAAAGUUACAGUAACAUGUAUAGCUAUUGAAAUUUUAUUCCCAGUGUUUUUUCAGUAAUUGCAUUGCUCAUCAUAUGUAAAUUUUGCAUGCUGCUAGUUAGUGUUAAUUGUUUUGAUGUAAUUUCAACAUUUUGAAAUGAGCAGGGUAAUUAUUAUUUUUUUUUUCUUUAGAAUGAACAGCAUUACUUGUUUUUGACCAGGGGCUCACCACUAGCAAGAUCAUUUACUUUGGAUCUCUGCAGAUAAAAUAUCUUAGAAAAGAUUAAGGGGGCAAUAUUAUGGUACUGUUGUGAAAUGCAAUAGUAUAUUUAAGUGCAAUAAUUAUCAAAUGAAUAUUAUGUAAAUUUUAAUGGAUUGCACAUGAAAUGUACAAAUGGAUAAUCUUCUCAUCAUCUCUAAAAAUAGGUCAGAUCUUUCCUUCUUUACAUAAAUCUUUUCAUUCAUAUAAUGGUUAAUAACUCCCAAAGCAUAUAGUGCUGCUGUUUAGAAAUAUAUGGAUCUUUGUGCUUUCUUUUUCAGUAUUAAUGUGCUUUAAUGAAUUUUUUUUUGUUAAAAUAUACCUUACAUAGAACAGAUCUAUGAGGAAUAUUCUGGACAUCAUGUUUAAAUUUCCAAUUUAAAUCAUUUUGAAAUAAUUGCUCUUCAUGAUAAGUUUUGUAAUUUUACUCAAGUAAAAAUUAAGUACCUGUUCAAUUCAAAAAUCAAGUACCUGUUCAAGUCAAAAAUAAACUACCUGUUACUGCUCCUUAUAUAUGGUAUUACAUUUGGACUGUGAAGCUAGACUAGAUUAGUACAUUUAAUUCAAUUGAGUAACAGAAAAGCUAGGGUGGGUUCUUUAACACACUUAUAUCUUGAGAAUAGUUGUAUAAUCAAACCUUAUCAUAUCGUAUGUUGUAGAAAUAAUGCUUGAACCCAUGCUUGAACAAGAAUAUUUUUUGUUUAAUUUUAUAUUUUUACUGACAUACAUUAUGAAUUAUGAUAAGUGGAUGGAAUAAGCAGCAUAUCACUUUAGUUUUACUUUUAAUUAUCCUAUGAAAAGUUUUUUUUCUUUGUGUAACUUUGUUAUCAUUUUUAUCCAUGUACAUGUACUGUUAAAAAAAUAGUGUUUUUUUAUUAUUAUGAAAAUUAAAAAAGUAAAUGAA